UUCAAUUAUUUAUUUCUCACCAAAAAAAAAAAAGAAAAAAUUAUUUAGAAAUUCAGAAUUGCUCCGGUGAAGAGGCUCUAAGAAUCGACCAUUCGCCGGCGCCGGAGGCACCGAUGAAAUACGAGGGCCAAAGUCCUUUCUCAGGCGGCGGAAAGUCGCCGGCGACGACGAUCACGACGUACUCGCUCGUCAAUCUCUUCUCCUAUCUCUUCCUAAUCGUCACCGGAUUCACAUUAGGAGUCGUCUUCUCCUACUCAAAAACCUUUUCAUUCAAUCUGCAGCUCACAAACGGCGGUUUCUCCAUCUUCACCUCACAAUCGCCGCCUCCUCCGGCGAAAACCGCGGCGGCGCUCGAUUCGAAAUCGAAUUCGAGCGGCGGCGGUGGUGCGGUUACCGAUGAUUCUCCUCCGAGCAGCCAUGCGGUUGAGGAGUAUUUUCUAAAAUCACCGCCUGUGACUCACAGCAUGGCGGACGAGGAGCUGAUGUGGCGUGCAUCGAUGGUUCCUAAAAUCCGCGGCUUCCCAUCCAACGGUGUUCCGAAGGUGGCCUUCAUGUUCCUGACGCGAGGGCCGGUGAUAUUAGCGCCGCUCUGGGAGGUGUUCUUCAAAGGCCACCAGGGGAUGUACUCAAUCUACGUACACUCCGACCCGUCUUAUUCCGGGUCGGAUCCGCCCGGAUCCGUUUUCCAUGGCAGGAGAAUUCCAAGCAAGGAAGUCCGAUGGGGCAACGUUAACAUGGUCGAAGCCGAGCGGCGGCUCCUCGCCAACGCAAUCCUCGACUUCUCAAACCAAUACUUCGUCCUCUUGUCCGAAUCCUGCAUUCCCGUCUUCAAUUUCUCAACUGUCUACUCCUACCUGCUCAACUCAACCCAUUCUUACAUCGAAUCCUACGACCUCCCGGGCCCCGUUGGGCGCGGGCGGUACAACCGCCACAUGGCCCCAUUAAUUACCGUCGACCAAUGGCGUAAAGGCUCCCAAUGGUUCGCAUUGUCCCGAGACCUCGCCGUCGAGGUUGUCUCCGACACAACAUAUUUCCCGGCCUUCCAAAAACAUUGCCACGGCUCAUGCUACGCCGACGAGCAUUACUUGGCGACGUUCGCAAGCAUGAAAUUCGGGUCGAGGAAUUCGAACCGGACGUUGACUUGGGUCGAUUGGUCAAAGGGCGGGCCCCACCCCGGAAGGUUCUAUAGACAACAUGUGACUCCUGAAUUCUUGGAGUGGCUUAGGAGUGGAAGUGUUUGUGAGUAUAAUGGUAAGAAGACAAACAUGUGUUAUAUGUUUGCAAGAAAAUUUACACAACAUGCCUUGGGGAGACUUUUGAGGUUUGCUCCUACAGUCUUGCACUUCUACUGAUGAUCAUGGUAUAGAAUUAUUUUUAUUUUUUUUAAUUUUUAAUUUUUUUUUAUAAUUGGAAUGUGGGAAGAAAGUAAUUGAUUGAUUGAUUGAUUAUUUUAUUUUGCAAAAUUUCAGACAGCUUACUACCCUGUAUUAAUUUGUACUACUACUGAAAAUUGGAUUCAA